AUGACGAGGCUCGCAGCCGGUUCCGCUUUUGAAGCCGAACCCCGAUCACGUCCAGCAGCACCGGACCUCGCAAUUCUGGUCAACGGAGAAAGGAAAUUGUCGGCAAUCGAGUCUGGUGCCAACGGAAUCCAUCUUUGGCUUGCUCACGCCUGCCCAAACAGAACCGAGAAGCUUGAAUGUUGUAGCGCAGCAGCGCAACGACUUCCUCCACUGCCACGGGAAAAUGUGAAGCCACAUCCAGCCCAGGGACAACUUGAUGACUAUGAGACGCUUCACAAGGUGCCACUGAGGUCGCAUGAACGCAACCAGAUAGGGGAUUAUGACAGGGAUGUAUUUCCUACCCUAACAGACAUGUCGCGCCCUGGACUUAAGAUAUCAGUCAUCUUCGGUUAUGCGGCGAUACGGCGUGCACGUAUUGCCUCAUUUGGUCCGUUGAAAUCGUCAUGCUUCUUGUCAGUAACAGAUAUAGCAAGGAUGCAUACUGCUUCAUCGCGUGUCCGGUUCUAUAACUCAGCCUAUUAUUGCUGGGUGGAGGGACCCUCAGACCGCACUGAUCGGGAAAGGUACUGUUUGGGCCCUACCCUGCAGCUUAAUCUUCUCCAGAAGGACGUUUUUCGAGUCGAAGCUGCGGUUCAGGUAACUUCUGUCCAAGGACCGGCCUGGCCUCAGGUUCUUCGUCUGUAA